UUAGACAGUUAGAGUUUGGAUCGAACAAGCAGAAUUGUGGGACGGCUGUUCCUUACUGCAUCGCCUGCUAUCCUUCUCUUCCUCCUCUCCCACGUCUUCAUUGUUUGGGCAUGACGACCGGAGAGGCGGUGGCGACUCCGAAGCGGAGCCUGGCGUCCUCGGACCGCCUUCGGCACGUGGAUUCAAUGGCUCAGCUUCCCUACGGUGCUGGUCGGAUCUCCCAUCUCAACGCCGUCAUACUCGGGGAGUCCCUGGAAUCCGAGGAGAAUGACCUCGUCUUCCCCUCCCACGAGUUCUCCAGCCAGGCCCUCGUCUCCUCUCCUGAACAGUAUCGGAAAAUGUACGAGAGGUCCAUCGAGGAUCCUGCCGGAUUCUGGUCGGAGAUCGCUUCCCAGUUCUACUGGAAGGAGAAGUGGGAUCUGGAAGUCUACAGCGAGAACAUCGACGUGAGGAAGGGAAGUAUCAAGUUUGAGUGGUUCAAAGGAGCCAGUACAAACAUAAGUUACAAUGCUUUGGAUCGGAACAUUGAGGCGGGGAACGGUGGCAAAGUUGCUAUCUACUGGGAAGGGAAUGAACCGGAUGAUGAUGGGCAGUUGACCUAUUUGGAGCUGUUGGAGAGGGUUUGCCAGCUUGCCAAUUACUUGAAACAUGUUGGUGUGCGGAAAGGAGAUGCAGUCAUUAUUUACCUCCCUAUGCUAAUGGAGUUGCCAAUUGCAAUGUUAGCAUGUGCUCGUAUUGGAGCAGUUCACUCAGUGGUGUUUGCUGGCUUCUCCUCUGAGUCACUUUCUCAAAGGAUUAUUGACUGCAAACCUAAAUUAGUAAUCACCUGCAAUGCCGUGAAGAGAGGUUCCAAGGCGAUUCAUCUGAAAGAUAUCGUUGACAGUGCCCUCAGAGAAUCUGCAAAAAAUGGGGUUACAGUUGAUCUGUGUUUGACUGUUGAGAAUAAAUCAGCUAUGAAGAGAGGAGAUACCAAAUGGAAGCAAGGGAGAGAUAUCUGGUGGCAGGAUGUUGUCCCUCAUUUUCCAACAAAAUGUGAUGUCGAAUGGGUUGAUGCAGAAGAUCCACUAUUUCUGUUGUACACAAGUGGUAGCACUGGGAAACCAAAGGGUGUUUUACAUACAACUGGUGGAUAUAUGGUAUAUACUGCUACAACAUUCAAGUAUGCAUUUGACUACAAACCAUCAGAUAUAUAUUGGUGCACUGCUGAUUGUGGCUGGAUAACAGGGCAUAGUUAUAUUACAUACGGCCCUCUUUUAAAUGGAGCCACUGUUGUGGUAUUUGAAGGGGCUCCAAAUUAUCCUGAUUGUGGGCGUUGUUGGGAUAUUGUUGAUAAGUACAAGGUAACCAUAUUUUACACAGCGCCAACCCUUGUGCGCUCCCUAAUGCGUGAAGGUGAUGAGUAUGUCACUCGUCAUGAUCGGAAAUCUAUCCGUGUUCUUGCUAGUGUAGGAGAGCCCAUUAAUCCUAGUGCAUGGAGGUGGUUUUACAAUGUUGUUGGGAAUUCAAGAUGCCCUAUAUCAGAUACCUGGUGGCAAACAGAGACUGGUGGCUUGAUGAUUACACCUUUACCUGGUGCAUGGCCUCAGAAGCCUGGAUCUGCAACAUUUCCUUUCUUUGGAGUUCAGCCAGUCAUAGUAGACGAGAAAGGGAAUGAGAUUGAAGGUGAAUGCAGUGGAUAUCUUUGCAUCAAGAAGUCUUGGCCUGGUGCAUUCCGCACACUUUAUGGUGACCAUGAAAGAUAUCAAACCACAUAUUUUAAACCGUUCGCUGGUUAUUAUUUUACUGGGGAUGGAUGUAGCAGGGACAAAGAUGGGUACUUUUGGUUGACUGGAAGAGUUGAUGAUGUCAUCAAUGUGAGUGGACAUCGUAUUGGCACAGUGGAGGUAGAAUCUGCCCUAGUUUCACAUCCCCAGUGUGCAGAAGCAGCUGUAGUCGGCAUUGAACAUGAGAUCAAAGGCCAGGGCAUUUAUGCUUUUGUUACUUUAGUGGAGGGGGUUCCUUUUAGUGAAGAAAUCCGGAAAAGUCUAAUUCUGAGUGUCAGAAAUCAGAUUGGUGCCUUUGCUGCCCCUGACAAAAUUCACUGGGCGCCCGCGCUACCGAAGACAAGGAGUGGAAAGAUCAUGAGGAGAAUCUUACGGAAAAUCGCAUCCAGGCAACUAGAUGAGCUCGGAGAUACCAGUACGCUUGCCGACCCAAGCGUCGUGGACCAGCUAAUUGCGCUGGCUGAUUUCUAGCUAAGGAUAAGAAUUUCGUUCGUUUCCUAAAUAACAUGUUUCUGAUGUGGCUGUGAGAGAUUGUGAAAAGAACAGUUGAACGAUCUGGGCAAAUUUCUCGUGCUCUUCUGGGAAUUUAAACAUGGUGAAGAAUGUGUGAGGGAGUUGGCAAUCCCAUUAGUGUAGUAUAGAUUAUGUUUUAAUUGCAUUGCAAUCUAUUUGUGUGUUUGCUAAGAAGAAUAAAGAACGGGACGAAGGUUCCAUGUUGUAGAUGUAUUUUUGGUUUAACUGAAGAUUGACAUUUGUGGCAAAAGAUGACUUGCCUCUCA